GGAGGAGCAGGCCGUAAGGGAAAGUCUACGGAAAGGUUUCCCUUCCGGGUCGCCUAGAUCGUUCUGCGUGAGGGGGAGGAGCAGGCAGGCCGACUGCGCGGGGGAUGGAGCGGGACUUGCUCCGCCAGGCGCUCGGCUUUCACGGGCCGGCGCUACUCCCCUUGCUCCGCACGGAGCAGUACGACAACCCCGACUUCCGAGGCCUCCUGCCGCCUGGCGGGCCUGGCCUGGAGGCGCUGCCGCCAGCCAGGAAAGAGAGGGGACUUGAAAAUAUUGAGAUACAGCAUUUCAUUGCAAAAAAAGCUGAUCUCCUUUUUUCUCAUGCUUGGAAAACAAAUGUGCCAACAACAACAGAAACAAAUGAAGAGAAUGAAGAUUAUUAUGCUACUAUGCCACCUUUGGAGCAGUUCAUGGAUGUACCCAGUGCAGAGAGGAGAGAGCUGUUUUUCCGUGAUAUUGAGCGUGGGGAUAUAGUGAUUGGAAGGAUUAGUUCCAUUCGUGAAUUUGGUUUUUUCAUGGUGCUGUUCUGCCUUCGAAGUGGCGUCACUCGAGAGAUAGCAGAUCUAGAGAUCACUGCUCUUUGUCCAUUGAGGGAUGUGCCUUCCCAGAGCAGCCAUGGUGACCCUUUAUCAUACUAUCAAACAGGUGACCUUAUCCAAGCUGCAAUCAAGGAUAUUGAUCGCUACCAUGAAAAGCUCACAGUAUCACUGCACAGCUCUGCUCUAUCACCCAGUCUAGCAAGUACCAAAUUAGGAGUAAUCAGCUCAGAAGAUUUGCCUCUGCACUACAGGAAAAGUGUUGAAAUAGCCAGCAGUUUGGAAACAUAUGAUAAAGUUUUACAUCAUUCCUUGGGCUUUGCCAAUCCAGCUGUAGUUGAGUUUCUGGUAGGAAAACUAGGAUUGAAUGAAUCCAGCCCACCAUCCUUAAUGAGAGGACUACAAAGUAAAAAUUUCAACGAAGAAGAUUUUGCCAUUGCUUUGAGGAAAAAACAAUCUGCCUCCUGGGCCUUAAAAUGUGUCAAGAUUGGUGUGGAUUAUUUCAAAGAAGGCCGCCAUGUGGAUGCUAUGAAUGAAUACAACAAGGCGCUGGAAAUAGAUGUGCAAAAUGUUGAAGCCUUAGUAGCCCGUGGAGCUCUGUAUGCAACAAAAGGAAGCUUAAAUAAAGCAAUUGAUGAUUUUCAGGUUGCUCUAGAAAACUGUCCAACACACAGAAAUGCCAGGAAAUACCUUUGCCAAACACUUGUUGAACGAGGAGGCCAGUUAGAAGAGGAAGAUAAGCUGUUGAAUGCUGAGAGUUACUACAAGAAGGCUUUAAACAUAGAUGAGACCUUUCAAGAAGCUGAGGAUGCCUUGUUGAAACUUCGUAAGCAGAUGCAGAAAUCUCUGGAAAUGAGAGAGAAACAAGCUGCAAAAGAAGAGAGACAAAAAGAGAAGAAAAUAGAAACAAGUGCAGAAAAACUGCGUAAGCUCUUAAAAGAAGAAAAAAGGUUGAAGAAGAAAAAGAAAAGGUCAACUUCUUCCUCCUCCUGCAGUUCUUCAUCAGAUGAAUCUCCUUCCUCCUCUUCCUCUUCUGAUAACAAGAAGCGUAAGAAAAGGAGUCGGAACAGGUCCGAGUCCUCACAGAGCUCUAAAAAGCACACUUCUAGGAGUUUCUUACAUCAAAGUAGGAAAGAUGACUGCUACUCUCCUCCAGCCAAUACCUCUGCUUCCUUCCUUAAUCAAAAGCAUGAAAUGGAGAAACUGCUGGAGAGACAGGACAAGUUAAUCUAUCAAAAGACUGAGGUAAGAGAGAGAGAUCACUCUCUAUCAAGGACUUCUGCUGCAGAAGAUAUUUAUGGAGGUAGGUCUGAGGAUCCCAGAGAGUCCUACAGCAAUUCCAAGACUCAGGCAAAUAGUAACACAACUGAAAAACAGGGUAAGUUAGAUAGAGUUUCUUCUAAUAGGAGGGAGAGUACAGGUUCAUAUCGUAGAAAGUCUGAUGACAGGAACAAGAUGAGGUAUUCAGGAAAAUUAGAAAAAGAAUCAAAGAAGGAACAUUAUCAAAAGCACAGCCCAAGCCAAACAAAGUACUCCACAUCUCCAACAGGGUCCGAUUACUCAACAAAAUCAGUUGAACACUACAACCGAUACACUAGCCAAUGGAUAAAUGAGCCUAGUAGGUGCAGUGCUGACAACAGACCUGAAUUGGCGUGGAUUAAAGGUGAGACAGAACCCAAGAGCAGGGAAAGGGAAACCACAAAAGCCAAGGAGCGAGAUGAAGAAGCAACACUCAAUGGUAAAGGACAGUCAGGAACUGGUGCUAAGAAACAACUGCCUCAGAACUUGGUCAACAUAUUUAAUCAGAUUGCUGAAUUUGAGCGAGAAAAGGGAAGUAAACAGAAAAACCAGUGAUUUUUUUUUAAAGGUUGUUACAGUUUCUAAUCACUUGAUGAGUCUGUGCUCUUAAUGGAAAAAAAAUAGGGGGGGGGGUGUAUUUCUGUUCCCUCUACUUGAUAUUGAUUUAGGGGGUGGUGAAUAUGCAAGAGUUACAUCAUAUCAUUUUUUAUUUAAAAAAUUAUUUUCUUUUGCUGUUUUGGAUAUUAAUAUGUGAUAGUGUGAUUGGCUGAGAAACUUAACUACUAUUAAGACUGCCACCUGUGCUUAAAUGGCAUCUAAAUUGCACUUUACAGAAGGAAUAUUUCCAAGGCAUCAAUGACUGUUAACUUUGUAUUGUUAAUAAAAACAUAAAUGUGCCAUUAGUGUGUAAAUAGCCUGUCUUGCCACUAAAUUUUUAUAAAACUUC